UCUCUGACUCUCUCUCCGGCAAUGGCUUUCCUUCGCAUGCUCUGCAUUGCUUCCCUGCUCUCUCUCUUCAUGGCGGCCAACGCCAGAAUCCCAGGGGUUUACACUGGUGGCGCAUGGGAGGGCGCCCAUGCCACCUUCUACGGCGGCAGCGACGCCUCUGGCACCAUGGGUGGCGCUUGCGGGUACGGCAACCUCUACAGCCAGGGCUACGGCGUCAACACGGCUGCGCUUAGCACUGCUCUGUUCAACAAUGGCCUCAGCUGCGGCGCCUGCUUUGAGAUUAAGUGCGGCGACGACCCCAGGUGGUGCCACCCAGGCAACCCCUCCAUCUUCGUCACCGCCACCAACUUCUGCCCUCCUAACUUCGCUCAGCCCAGCGACGACGGCGGCUGGUGCAACCCUCCCCGCACUCACUUCGACCUCGCCAUGCCCAUGUUCCUCAAGAUCGCCGAGUACAAGGCCGGCAUCGUCCCCGUCUCUUACCGCCGAGUUCCCUGCAGAAAGCAAGGCGGCGUGAGAUUCACAAUUAACGGCUUCCGUUACUUCAACCUGGUUCUGAUCACCAACGUCGCGGGCGCAGGGGAUAUCGUGAGGGUGAGCGUGAAAGGCGCGAACACGGGGUGGAUGCCGAUGAGCCGCAACUGGGGGCAAAACUGGCAAUCCAACGCAGACCUGGUGGGCCAGACCCUGUCCUUCAGAGUCACGGGCAGUGACAGGCGCACCUCCACUACCCUCAACGUGGCGCCCGCUCAUUGGCAGUUCGGACAAACUUUCACCGGGAAGAAUUUCCGCGUCUAAAAUUAAGGGAAAAAGAAAAGCUUAUGCACUAUCUUUAAUUUUUUCUUUUUAAAAUUAUCCAAAGCUUAAUUUCCCGCGUUUGGAUUUUCCUCUAUUUUCCCGGGAAAAUUUGGAGUGGUGGGAGCUAAAAGUAAAGUAUUAGAUGAUGUGGGGGUUAAAAGUUAAAAUUGGGUGACUAGAUAGGUAGAAAAGUGACUUACUUUUCAAGUGUGUUGUGUGCGGCAACUUUUACUUUUUUAACUUUUGGUGCUUUUUUUUGCUUAAGUGGGAGGCUGGAAAAAAUUAAAGUCAUCCGGCCAAAUGAUAUAUAUGUGUAAAAGGAGCUGAAGUGGCUGCAAAGAAUCAACAUGCAGCCCGCAGCUCUUUCUAUAUCCUUUUUAAUAUAUAAUAUAAUAUAUUUACGUUUA